GGAGCUGCGCUCUUUUUUUUUUUUUUUUUUCCCACCUUUCUCCAUCGCUCCAGACGGGUUGAUUUAAUUGUUGCUGGGUUUUGCCGCCAGACUUUUGCGUCGUUUUGAUCUGCCUUUCUGACACGCGCACGCUCCUCUUUUUUCCCUCUCUUUUCCUCCGCUGAAGGUUGUGCUCAGACUUUUUUUGGAAAGAGGGGGGGAAGAAACCGGCGAGAGACCGAAAAGAGCACAAGAAAGUGGCAGCUGAGGGCUGUGAAAUCACCUCCCCUUUCCGGGGCUGUCUGUCAGACCGAGAGUUGUACAUUAUUAUUACUGUUUUUCUUUCUCCAUCCAUCCAUCCACCCAUCCACAUACACGCGCAGAGAGAGACGAGUGCAGGCAGCGAAACUCACCGAGACCAGCCAUGGUAGCGAGGGCUCAGCCUGAUCGGAAACAAUUACCACUGGUCCUACUGAGAUUGCUCUGCCUUCUCCCCACAGGGCUGCCAGUCCGCAGCGUGGAUUUUACCCGCGGCACCGAUAACAUCACCGUGAGGCAGGGGGACACAGCCAUCCUCAGGUGUUAUGUAGAAGACAGAAGCUCCAAGGUGGCCUGGUUAAACCGUUCUGGCAUCAUUUUUGCUGGAGAGGACAAGUGGUCCCUGGACCCUCGAGUAGAGCUUGAGAAGAGAAACCCCCUGGAGUACAGCCUGCGGAUCCAGAAAGUGGAUGUCUAUGAUGAGGGGUCCUAUACGUGUUCAGUGCAGACACAGCAUCACCCCAAGACUUCCCAGGUUUACUUGAUUGUGCAAGUUCCACCAAAGAUCUCCAAUAUCUCCUCGGACAUCACCGUGAAUGAAGGCAGCAAUGUGACCCUGGUUUGCAUGGCAAAUGGGCGUCCAGAGCCUGUGAUCACCUGGAGGCACCUCACCCCAACAGGAAGGGAGUUUGAAGGUGAAGAGGAGUACCUGGAGAUCUUGGGGAUCACACGAGAGCAGUCGGGCAAGUAUGAGUGCAAAGCUGCCAACGAGGUCGCUUCAGCAGAUGUCAAGCAAGUCCGGGUCACUGUGAACUACCCUCCCACCAUCACAGAGUCCAAGAGCAAUGAGGCAGCCACGGGACGACAAGCCUUACUCCGCUGUGAGGCAUCAGCAGUGCCCACGCCUGAUUUUGAGUGGUACAGGGAUGACACCAGGAUAAACAGUGCCAAUGGUCUGGAGAUAAAGAGCACGGGGAGCCAGUCUCUGCUGAUGGUGGCUAACGUCACUGAGGAGCACUAUGGGAACUACACCUGUGUGGCUGCCAACAAGCUGGGAGUCACAAAUGCCAGCCUAUACCUUUACAAACGAGUUUUACCCACACUCCCCAAUCCUUUUCCAGGACCCGGCACGGGGAGAGUAGACAAUGGCUCCGUGAGCUUGGCCGUCCCACUGUGGCUGUUGGCAGCAUCCCUGCUUUGCCUACUCAGCAAGUGUUAAUACAAAUCAAAAUUAAAAAUAAUAAUAAUAAUAAUAAUAAUAAUAAUAAACCAACACGACAACAACAACAACAACGACGACAACACACAAAACAAAACGCAUUAUACAGGAGACAGAGCGAAGAGAGGGGAGAGAGAAAAAAGAGGGGGAGAGAAGAAGUGAGAGGACCGUUUCUAUCACAACAACUUCUGCCUGUUCAGGAGCAAAGAGGGGGGAGAGGAAAAAUCACAGCAGGACCACUCAGCAACGCUUACAUGAUUUCCGACUGCCGGCCGUCACAGCACCGACCUCACAAGGAGAGAGGCAAACGGGGCACCCGCAGGGCCCAUGGAGCCACAGGAUGCUGCGCUUCAUCCACAUCGAUGACACCGAGCUGAGCAAAAAGAAGAUCCCUUUUCUUUUCUCUCCUCCUUGCUGUUUUCCAUACUCCUCACCUGCCUUCCUCCUUCCCUCCUCUUUCUUUCUUGCGCAGAAAGAGGUCUUUGCUUCAGUGUCUAUAGCCACUUAACUUUUUGGAUGCCCUUGGUCAUUUUUGUGAGCCGAUGCUCAGGCACUUCAUACUUUUGGGAAGAAAAAAAAAAAAAAGGAAAAAAAAAAUAAUGAACAGAGCAAGUUAUCAAAGCUCUCUGCGCACUGGUGUCCUAUGAAGAACCCCUUCCUCUCUUCACAUCAUCCCAUGCUCCUGUGCACUUUGCUAAAUGCUUUCUGUCCUGCACCCUCCCUCUUGCAACAUCCCACUCUGACCUGAAGGAAAGCUAUGUCCUUCCAACCCAGCCUGCUCUUUUAUUUGCUUUUUUUAUUCUCUCCUUCUCCCCCUCAAUUUGGCCAAGUGUCUUUCUCCAGUGUGUGCCUGCGUGCGUGCGUGCAUGCGUGUAUGUGUGGCCCUCGUGCUCUGUCUUCUCUUUCUCUCUCCUGCUCUCUCUAAGCAUGCUGAAGAACAGUCCAUGUGUACAUACACCCAUCCCACUGUAGAUAACGUCCUGCCUUGUCAGUGUGAGACCGCAUGCUGAGAGAUCUCUUGGACUGAGAAGAGGGCUGAGGAGAGAGGAGCACCUGCAGCUCAGGGCCCCAUGUUGGCCCCUCUCCAGAGUGCCUGGUCACCUUGACAGCAGGAGUCAUUCUGCAUCCUUUCUUCACCUUUUUUUCCCUCCCACCCACACCCGUCUGGCUCUCAGCCUUCAUGUACCAGCAGAGCAGCUCAUGUGGGUGUGAACCCCACAGUGUGAUGGUUCCUAAAUAGAACCAUUGCCCCCUUCUGUUGUUGUCUUACUGUGUGUUUACACCGCUGCCAGGAUGAAGCUCACUUUGCAGCUUACACAUACAAAACAAACUGGGUCAGAAGAUGUCCAGGACCUAUGAAUGUAAGAAUAAAAACAAAUAUCAGAUCCAAAAUUCUGGGCUUAGCCAGAAGGGGCUUCAAGUGGUACAGUGAAGAAGUAGGCUACACUCUUGCCUCUUCCUGUGUGGAGGGUGCUGGGCCUGCUGGAGAGGGCUGUUGCUUCCAGGCAAAUCCCCUGGAAAUGCCAUGCAAGUGCUUGGCACUGCCAGGCCUCUAAGCACCUGCAAGCUGGCUUUUCUCUAUUUUGCCUACGAGUGGGCAUAGCAGCAUCAUGCCCAGCAGCUUGCACAUCCCAAGGCCUGGUGCCUUCCUCCUGACUGCCAGGCUCAGCUUUUGGGGCAGCAGCCAACAGGCAAUUCAGCAGGCAGCCAUGGUGAGUGAGGAAAUGAGAAAGGCUGAGGGGUGGAUAGUGGCAGACUUACUGUAGGCCUGCUGUGGGCUUGAGUGGUGUUAUAUUAUGCUCAGUCUCCAGGCCUUGGUGCCAUCAUGUCCCAUAUCCCUCGGAGUGUUUGUAUGCCCCUGUCACUGUGUCUGCAUUUCAGGAGAUCUGUGUCACUCAGCAUGUUGGUCACAGCUCCAGAUUUCCUGCUGCAGCAAAGGCUCCUUGUCCUCUGCGGGGUGACCCUGCAGCUGCAGGCUGAUGCUGCUCCCGAAUCUGGGAGUGGGAAAACUCCACAUGGCCAGCAUGUCUGGGUCCCCCUGGAUCUGUUGGCACCAGGCUGCCCUUCCGGUCUGGGUUAAGUCCUUCCUGUUUAGGUUGAGGGUUCUCUUCCAUGGCAGCCUGUUGGUCACUGUGGGGUCUGUCCUGUAUCUUGUCCUGCACGGGUCACUGUGCAGCACUGUUGGGGUGCUGCUUGUAUGCUAUGUCCUCAUGGGUUUGGGUGCUUUGAAGAGUUUUGAGGAGAUUAUUAUAUUUUUGAAGAAAGCACACAGGCUUUUGCUUUAAAGACAAAUAUGUUACAAAAAGCAGGACACCCAAUUGCUGAAGCCAUCUUCUUCACUGCAGGAAAUGGCCACAACCUCGAUGCUGGCUUCUGGUCUUUCCUGCAGGAUGUCCACAGAUUCAUGUCCUGCUUGUGUGGCUGUGAGGCAGGCUUACAGCAGAUCUACCCCAGGUGUGCCCCAUGGGUGCUGCAGGCACUCCACUCUGCCAGAUCUCUAGCAGGUAUUACUCAGAGCAUCUGCCAAGAUAAGAGCUCAGAUGAACAGGGGAAACAUAAGGUCAGCUGCUCUCCCUUCCUUUGGCCAUAUCUCAAGCCCUUUCUUUUAGAGCUCUCUUUCUCUGCAUUCACGUUCCUGCCUCCCCAUCCCCUGCAGAUAGCUAUGCUCUUGCCUCCUACUGCCUCUUGUCUGCCUCUGGACUGGAGAGGGGGGUUUGGAACAGGACACCAGUUCCUUGAGCUUGUCAGUGUCAUUGUGUUUGGUCAAUGGAGAUUUAACAUUUAGUGUUAUAAAAAGAAGCGAACGAAAUGAAAAAAAAAAAAAAAAAAAAAAAAAAAUUUUAUUUCUUCUACCGGUUUGUAAAUAUUCCAAGAGUUACAUGAAAUGUCUGGUAAUGUCCAAGCAGAGGAACAAAGACUUAGAUUUAAUAUAUGGCCCCGUACUUGCUAGCAGAUUUCAAACCCUUUUGGAUGGCCAAGCGGAGGGUGGAGGCAAGUCUUUCUGGAAGGAGCUGGGCAGCGGGAGUGCUACCUCAGCCUCCCACAGCAUUGCUUGGCACAUCUGGUGGGUGGCAGGCAAAGCAGGCAGUAUGGGACUCUGCGUCUGACGCCUGUACCAUGGCACUUGUGCUCAUUUUUGUUCAUUUCCAGCCCUGCAGCUGGCUGGUAUGUUGCUCAGUGAUGCGGGGGGGGGGGCC